UACAGGGGUGACGAUGAUCAGGGAUGAUCUGCCGAGGGUGGACGGUUCGAGGUUAGGCGGGUGAAAGGUGGUUCUUGGAAAACGGGGAGUUUUCGAGGUGAAAGUAGUGCGGGGCUGAUAGCAAGUGGGAGAGAGACAGAGAGAGCGAGAGCGAAGCACGUGGGAUCACGUGGCUCGGGCUGAUGGCACUGACGGAGUCAGUCUGAUGGAGACGGCGUAGAGAGCUUUUGUUGCUAUGAGUUCGAGAGAAAUGCGUUAGUGCUGCAGUACUGUGGGGCAGAAGAAUUUGAUUAAUCCGACGACUGGGUUGAGAGUGCACUUGGCUCCCUGAAUGGAUAUAAUAUCGGGACAUUUGGUUAGUUUUAGGCUUUGUCUGGAGCACCAAACAUCUCAGCCAACAAUCCACCCAUUCCCUCGACUAAAAAACUAUCGCUAAUAUAGGGGAAUGCGCGAACCAGUGGAUGAUACGCGGAUUCGUCAUGGAGACCGAACCUUAUCUCGGAAUUCAGCAUACGUGUGCAAGAGAGACAGCGCACACACUUCACAGCCGACCGCCGACUCCUUUUUAGUACGGACUACGUACGGAUUGACAGUAAGCUAAGCGACACCAACGGAAGAGUUCACUUAGCUCGUCGCAGUCGCGCGAAAACAAGCUGAGGAGAGACACGCAGAGGUCGAGGUUGGAUCUUGAUUCCGAGACUCAGGGAAAACAAACGGAGAGUCUCCAGCACAUCACAACAAACGGCCUUGAAACAACCACGCCUAUAUAGCCAUGUCGCUCCAGAAGAUGACGAGUCUGUCGCGAGCCUUGUCGGCCCUGCGGCCAUACCGCGCGGCGACAGCUGGCUCCAAGAGCUACUUCACCUAUGUGAACGAGCCGUCGAUGCCCAUUCCCAACAAGGAGCCUUGCUGGGUCAAGACCGCCGAGGAGGCCUUGGAGUCUGCCGGGUUGGCCUCUAAUAAGCUCGUGUUUGCCCAGGGAGCAGCAGCAACGCCGGUGGAGCUUCUGCGCGGAAUGACAGCUCUCGGCGCCCAGAAGAACGUCAACAACGUCAGGUUGUUUCACAUGCAUCUCGAGGGCGAGGCUCCGUUUGCCAGCAAAGAAGUCCAGAAGCACUUUAGGUCCGUCAGCUUGUUCAUUGGUGGAAACGUGAGGAAGGCCGUGAACGAGGGUCGUGCUGACUGCAUCCCUAUCUUCCUACAUGAGAUUCCUAAGGUUUUCAACGAGGGCCACGUCAAGCCUGACAUCGCUCUUAUCCACGUUACCCCACCGGACUCCAAGGGAUACUGCUCUUUGGGUACCAGUGUUGAUUGCGUCAGGGCUGCUCUUAUCCAUUCUAAAAUUAUCGUAGCACAAGUUAACAAGCACAUGCCGAGGACUUUCGGAGAUGCCCUCAUUCACAAAAGCCAUAUCGACUUCGCCAUCAACCAUGACAACCCGCUGCCGAGCCACGGUGGUAAUGAGCCGAGCAAGGAGGAGAAGCUCAUCGGUAAGAACAUUGCGGACAAUCUCGUAGACAACGGUGCAACACUGCAGCUUGGUAUCGGUAGCAUCCCCGAUGCCACUCUGUCUCUUCUGAAAAGUCACAAGGACCUGGGUGUCCACAGCGAGAUGUUCAGCGACGGCGUAGUCGACCUUGUUAACCUCGGCUGCGUCACCAACAGUAAGAAGACGAUGCAUACCGGUAGGAUCGUUGGAUCUUUCUGUGUAGGCACGAAUAAGCUGUACGACUUCAUGGACAACAAUCCGUUCAUCGAGAUGCUGCGCGUCGAUUAUGUUAACGAUCCAAGAAUCGUUGCCAAGCAGCCAAAGAUGACUGCCAUCAACUCUUGUAUAGAAGUCGAUAUUACCGGCCAGGUUAGCUCGGACAGUAUUGGCACGAGAAUGUUUUCUGGCUUUGGAGGUCAAGUGGACUUCAUCUCUGGCGCUGCGAUGAGCGAAGAUGGCUUGGGCAAGCCAAUCAUCGCUCUCAGGUCUACUACUAACAAGGGUGCCACCAAAAUUGUUCCAACAUUGAAUCAAGGUGCUGGAGUAGUCACAUCUAGAGCUCUGGUGCGCUACGUAGUCACGGAAUGGGGAAUCGCCAGUCUCUUUGGCAGGUCCCUGCAGCAGAGAGCGUACGAGCUUAUCCAAGUGGCUCAUCCAGAUCACAGAGAGGCACUGGAAAAAGCCGCUUUCGAGAGAUUAAAAGUGAUGCCCGAGAAGAAGUCUUACUAGUUGUGCGUGAUUCGAGGAAGAGAAAUCUAUUAAAAUAGCAUUUUUCGCGUUCACCAUACUUACUGGUAAGAUGUGUAAUACUGCUUCUCUGCCAUAUUCUGAGGACUCUAUUCGCUGUGAGAAGCACAGAGACCACAUAUGGCUACAGAGACCUAUGUCAGUAAAAUAAUACGGAGAAAAAGAAUUAUAUAUAAGAUUACAGAUCUGUUUCUAAUAGUCGUAUUUUGAAAUUCAAAAUUGAUUCGUCAUGGCAAUCCGACUGCUUAUCCAAUCAACGAUCGUGGGCUAGUCUGAUAUGCACUUAUAUGUAAAUGUAUGCGCGAUCAUAUGUCUUUACAUGUAGCUGUACGAAACUUAUGAAACGGAAAUCAACAUUGUAUAUACUUUUUUUUCCUCUGAAAUACGAAAUAGAAACGAACUAAUGAUGGUAGCAUAAAUUCGGUCUAUACAAAGUAUAAACAGUGAUUCGAAGUAAAUAAAAAAGUAAAUCAGUAAAUCUAAUACGGCGUGUAGAUCACGUCGGUAUUUUCUCAUAGCGCACUACGGUUUUAACGAGUUGUAACAUACGCUUUCUGAGGAAAGAACCGACGUUCUGUCGAUAAAUUAACAUUCGCGUAUCUACAAAUAUUAUUUUGUAAUAAAUUUACCGAACGUCUUUUUUAUAUAUAACAAUUGCCGUAAAAGCGGUUGAUGUAAACAUUUAAUGCGCAUUUUAUUUCAAAAAAUAUAAUCUAAUGCUAAGAACGUGCAAAGGCUUGUUUAUUUUAUCAUUUAAUUUACGAUAAAACUUAUUUUUUUAGUCAAAUGAUCCCAAAAGUUAUAAUAUAUAUUUUUUUAACUCUCAAAGCUCUUUCCUUACUAAUUAUCACUCAUUUUUAACCAGCAUAGAGAAAUGAAUUUAAGUUUUCAAUUGUACAUUCAGUCCUUAUAAAUGUAUGUUUUUUGAAUGAUAAAAUAAAACGUUACUCGAAAGUGAAAAAUCAGUCUUAUAUUACAAAUGAAAAUGCACAACAUAACUUGAAUGAUCUUUAAAAGGAAUAAAAAUUAUUUUUUUAUUUUA